GAGAGAGAGAGAGAGAGAGAGAGAGAGGAUGGAAUAUGGGUAUGAGAAUAGAGAUAUUGAGGAGCCAUUGGUGCAGCCGGCGGCGAAGAAGCAUGGGCCAAGCGGCGAGCUGGAGAAGAUAUUAUCGGACACAGAGUUGCCCUUCGUGGUUCGAAUCCGGCUGGCGGCUUGGAUCGAGCUGAAGCUGUUGGGUUAUCUGGCGGCGCCGGCGGUGUUCGUGUACAUGAUCAACAACUUCAUGUCCAUGUCCACCCGCAUCUUCUCCGGCCACCUCGGCAACGCCGAACUCGCCGCCGCUUCUCUCGGCAACAGCGGCGUUCAAACUUUUGCUUACGGUCUCUUGUUGGGAAUGGGGAGCGCCGUGGAGACGCUGUGCGGCCAAGCUUACGGCGCCGGAAAAUACGAAAUGUUAGGAAUUUACUUACAAAGAUCCUCAAUUUUGCUAACCUUAGUCGCCUGUCUCUUAGCUCUUCUCUACGUCUUCUCCAAACCCCUCUUGCUGCUCCUCGGCGAGUCGCCGGAAAUUGCUUCGUCGGCGGCCGUUUUCGUGUACGGUCUCAUCCCUCAAAUCUUCGCCUACGCUGUUAACUUCCCCAUCCAGAAGUUUCUUCAGUCCCAGAGCGUGGUGCUUCCCAGCGCCUACAUAUCGGCGGCGACGCUGGUGGUGCAUUUGGUGCUGAGUUGGGCGGCGGCGUAUAAGCUGGGGUUUGGGUUGUUUGGGGCGUCGUCGGUGCUCAGCCUGUCGUGGUGGAUCAUUGUAACGGCGCAGGUUGUGUAUAUUGUGAAGAGUGAGAGGUUUAAGGAGAGUUGGAGAGGGUUGAGUUGGGCGGCGUUUAAGGGGCUGCCGGAAUUCUUUAAAUUGUCGGCGGCGUCGGCGAUUAUGCUGUGCUUGGAAACUUGGUACUUUCAGAUUCUGGUUUUGGUUGCUGGGUUGCUUGAUAAUCCUGAGUUGGCUCUUGAUUCCCUCUCCAUCUGUAUGACCAUUAACGGAUUGGCAUUCAUGAUUUCUGUUGGCUUCAAUGCAGCUGCUAGCGUGAGAGUGGGCAAUGAACUAGGACAUGGGCAUCCCAAAUCCGCAGCCUUUUCAGUGGUGGUGGUGGUAGCCAUUUCCUCCCUCAUUUCUAUACUCGUCGCCUCCGCCGUCCUUUCAUUCCGCAACGUCAUUAGCUAUCUCUUCACCGACGGCGCCACCGUCGCCGCCGCCGUAUCUGACCUUUGCCCUUUCCUGGCCGUCACUCUCCUCCUCAACGGAAUCCAGCCUGUUUUAUCUGGUAUUAUUAUUAUUAUUAUAAUAAAUUAUUAUUAUUAUUAUUAUUAUUAUGGUGUUAAUAAAAGAAAUGCAGGCGUGGCUGUGGGAUGUGGGUGGCAAUCUUUUGUUGCUUUGGUCAAUGUGUGCUGCUAUUACUUUGUUGGCUUGCCCUUCGGAGUUCUCCUCGGUUUCCACUUUCAACUUGGAGCUAAGGGCAUAUGGCUAGGGAUGCUUAGUGGCACGGCGAUGCAAACGUGCAUUUUAGUAUGGGUGACCCUUCGAGCCGAUUGGAAUAAAGAGGUAGAGGAAGCAGUGAAAAGAUUAAACAAAUGGAAUGACACAAGCAACAGCCUUCCAAAGGAUAAGAGUUGAAGAAUUAAAGUUACUUUUGUUCAACCACUUUAAUUAUUGAAUUCAAUAAUUACUGUGCAUUAUUUAACCCUAAUUUUAAGGAAACAAAAAUUAUUUUCAUAGAAA